AUGAUGAAGAAGAAGUCCGUGUACGCCAACAUAACCCCUAUCCCCUCUCACGUUCCUCGUCAGUUGGCGAUCGAUAUGCUCCAUUCCCACGGCGAAAUUAUCGAAUUGAAUCCUCUUGUCAUCGGCUACAGACCUAUAAAAGCCCCGCAAAGUGCGCCCGCUGAUGAAUACUUCUCGACGUGGUAUGAGAUCGAUCAGCGCAUUCAGUUCGUACCUGGAAUUGGCAAAGCCGGAGCUGGCAAGAUCUCCUUCAAAGGCUGCUUCCAUGACAUGCCCUGGGGCCUCCAGACGCACGUAUACCCUCCAAUGGGCAUAGAAAUCCGAAACAAAUGGCAAAUAAGAGGCAAUCAGCCGGGCGAGCCCCCCGAACCUAAAGAGCUAGGAUCUGGAGCACCAGCGGAGGGACUGUACUUGCGUGAGGACAUAGAGAUCACAUGUAAUCGGGCUAUGAUGCAGUUCACCAAAAACGGCAUGAAGGAAGCGAGCAAAGUCAUGGUCGAAAGGCUGGUCAGGAAGGCCGAGUUGAUCGACUCAGGCGUCCUCAGUGCCAUGAUGGAAGAUGGGAAACUCAAGACUUUAAACCCAGCAGACCGGUCGCACACAUUCCAGCAGUCCGGGCAAUACUCCCCCGGCUUGAUGUCGCCCGCUACAGCACAGUUUGGUCCAAGAUCACCAGGCCUCCCCCCCAGCAUGGACAGAAACUACCUUCAGUCUCCUAAUACACCCGCGUAUGGGCGAAAUUCACAGUACUACGGCGGCUACGCACAUGACCCGAGACAGUUCCAGAAUGCUUCACACUUACCGCCACCGCAAGGUCUCGCGAUUGAGAUGGAGGGAAGCGUGCAGUUUGCGCCGCAACAACACCAGAACCAAAACCUUCAGCCGCCACAUCGCUUUUCGACCGCAGCAUCGGAAUUAUCAGCAAGUUCGCCCCCAGCAAAUCAGACAUUGUUCCCCAACAGCAAUGCUAGCGAUCGUCAGAGCUAUGCAGGCAGUGUGAGUAGUCAUCCCACUUCAUAUGAUCCAGAUGGAAGUAUGGCAUCUCCAGGACUUGAUAAGAGAUCAUUUGCAGUCGAAUUACCGGGUCACGAUAAUGCUGCAUCGAAUCGCUCGAUGACUCCGCAGGGAGGAACAAGCCCUGACCCUAACGGUGCCGGUUUCGCUGGUGGUGGGACUCCAGGUCAACAGUAUCGCUACAACCCAGUGGAGUAUGCGAGGAUGUCAUGA